CUUGGGGAGCGAACGCUAGUUGUUCAGUAUCUUGGAGUUGUCAGGGCAGAAGUAAUUAGUUAGAAUCAAUUAAUUAUACAUAAAUUAGUUAAUUAACAGUUAUGGUUCAAACUUGCUCAGCUUACGGCUGUAAAAACCGCUAUCACAAAGAUAAAGACAUCUCCUUCCAUAAGUUUCCCCUUGCACGUCCAGAUAUUUGUGGUAAAUGGGUGUCCGCAAUGAGGAGGAACAACUUCAAGCCCACCAAGUACAGUAACAUCUGCUCGCAGCACUUCACCAAAGACUGCUUCAAGAGAGAAUGCAACAACCGCGUGCUCAAGGAGAACGCUGUGCCGUCGCUCUUUAACUUCAACCUCAAGUCGGAAUGUCUGGAGGAUCCCUUUACCUCUGAGAUCCACUUCCCCCUCUCGUUUCCUUUGACCUCCGACACUGUCAUGGAGGAGGUGGAGUCCGAACCCGCCAGGAGUCUGCCAGAUACCCACGGCGACACGGUGGUGGUCUCCUGUGACCACAACUACACGGCAGAGGACUCUGCGCGGCAAAAGAAGCGCAUCCAGCAGCUGGAGGAGCAGCUUGAGCUUCUGAGAAAGAAGCUGAAAACCACCCAGCAGAAGUGUCGGCGUCAGGAGAGACAGCUCAAGAGUUUGAGGGUCUCCUGCAAGACGGUCAAGACAGCGUGUGACGCGCCACUUUCUUUUAGUGAGGGUUAUGUCAUUUUACCCAAACACAUCAACCAAACUCUCAAAGGUGUUGAGUAACACAUUUACUGAGACUUCAAAUACACUAAUUAUCCUGAACUGUUGGUGGAGCUACUGAGCAAGAAGGCUGUCAAUUGAAGAGCCCAUCCAAGGAACAUGGACCUUAAAAUCAACUAUCAUGGAAAAUGUUGUUUCUGACUAAUUAACGACUUGCAUUGUUGCUACAACAAUUGAGUUCAUCAGCACAUCUUUUGCACAUCCAAUAUUAUGUAUUUGGUAAACAAUAUAAUAUGUCGUAUUUCAUCCAAUCUGACUAUCAGUCCUUCAUUUGUUUUUCCAGUUGAAACCAACUUUUUCACUUUUAUUUUUUAAACAAAGAUUUUUUGAACAACAAAUAUCUCCAUCAUUUUCCUGAUUUAUCAUCUAGAUAUCCAUCCAUCCAUUUUAUUCCGCUUUUACGAGGUCAGGUCGCGGGGGCAGCAGCCUAAACAGAGAAGCCCAGACUUUCCUCUCCACAGCCACUUCGUCCAGCCCCUCCCGGGGAUCCCGAUACGUUCCCAGGCAAGCCGGGAGACAUAGUCUUCCCAACGUGUCCUGGGUCUUCCUUGUGGAAGGGAGGCAUUCGGGUGGCAUCCUGACCAGAUGCCCGAACCACCUUAUCUGGCUCCUUUCGAUGUGGAGGAGCAGCGGCUUUACUCUGAGCUCCUUCCGGAUGACAGAGCUUCUCACCCUAUCUCUAAGGGAGAGCCCCGCCACCCGACAAAGGAAACUAAUUUUGUCCGCUUCUACCCGAUCUUGUCCUUUCGGUCAAACCCCAAAGCUUAUGACCAUGAGGAUGGUAACGUAGAUUGACCGGUAAACUGAGAGCUUUGCCUUCCGGCUCAGCUCAUUCUUUACCACAACGGAUCGAUACAGUGUCCAUAUUACUGAAGACGCCGCACCGAUCCGCCUGUCGAUCUCACGAUCCACUUUUCUCUUACUCGUGAACAAGACUCUGAGGUACUUGAACUCCUCCUCUUGGGGAAAGAUCUCUUCCUCAACCUGGAGAUGGCACUCCACCCUUUUCCGGGCAAGAACCAUGGACUUGGUCUUGGAGGUGCUGAUUUUCAUCCCAGUCGCUUCACUGCGAACCGAUCCAGUGAGAGCUGAAGAUCCUGCCUAGAUGAAGCCAUUAGAACCACAUCGUCUGCAAAAAGCAGAGACUUAAUUCUGCAGCCACAAAACCGGAUCCCCUCAACACCCUGAAUGCGCCUAGAAGGGCAGCCCUGGCGGAGUCUAACCCUCACUGGAAACAGGUCCGACUUACUGCCGGCAAUGCGGACCAAGCUCUGACACUGAUCAUACAGGGAGCAGACCGCCACAAUCAGACAGUCCGAUACCCCAUACUCUCUGAGCACUCCUCACAGGACUUCCCGAGGGACACGGUUGAAUGCCUUCUCCAAGUCCACAAAGCACAUGUCGACUGGUUGGGCAAACUCCCAUGCACCCUCAAGGACCCUGCCGAGAGUAUAUAGCUGGUCCACAGUUCCACGACCAGGACGAAAACCACACUGCUCCUCCUGAAUCCGAGGUUCGACUAUCCGGCGUAGCCUCCUCUCCAGUACACCUGAAUAGACCUUACCAGGAAGGCUGAGGAGUGUCAUGGACAUUCAAUGUUGGUUUUCGGCCUUGUUGCUUACGUGCAGUGAUUUCUCUAAAUCUCUAAAUUCCUUGCAAUAGCUCGUCAAGAAAUGUUGUUCUUAAACUUCGACAAUUUGCUCACACAUUUGUUGACUAAGUGGUGACCCUCGCCCCAUCCUUGUUUGUGAAUGACUGAGCAUUUCAUGGAAGCUGCUUUUAUACCCAAUCAUGACAACCACCUGUUCUCAAUUAGCCUGUUCACCUGUGGGAUGUUCCAAAUAAGUGUUUGAUGAGCAUUCCUCAACUUUCCCAGUCUUUUUUGCCACUUGUGCCAGCUUUUUUGAAACAUGUUGCAGGCAUCAAAUUCCAAAUGAGCUAAUAUUUGCAAAAAAAAAAGUUUACCAGUUCGAACGUUAAGUAUCUUGUCUUUGCAGUCUAUUCAAUUGAAUAUAGGUUGAAAAAGAUUUGCAAAUCAUUGUAUUUUGUUUUUAUUUUCGAUUUACACAACGUGCCAACUUGUGGGGUCCUGUGUCAAAUGCCAGCUGGUACGGGGACAGGGAAGGCAGGGGCGUGGUUCGUGGGAAUUGUGUCCACAAGGCUUGUCAGGGAUGAUGUUACUGUUGUGUUGUUUGCACAAAAAAAAUAAAGUUGUCGUUC